AUGGCUCUUUCCAAGGCACUCAGUCUUUCCAUCCUGUUGGCUUACGCCGAGGCCCGUUUUGGCCAGGAGCAGGUGCCUGUUGCUGCAGUCCAGGCACUCGGCGAUGCUGGCUUCGGUGAUCCUGGUGUUGCUGCCACCAUUGCUGGUAGCAUUCCAGGUUCCCUCCUUGCCGCUGCUAGCCCUUGCCAGAAGCUUACUAUUGCCGACCAAAUCAUCUCCGAGCUGGGAACUGACCAGCAAGUCAUUGACGCUGCGAUUGGCCUCGUCGCUGCUGAGACCAACUUCAACCCUUUCGCCGUCGACGUGCCAUUCGUGUGCGCCGACCCCAGCCUUCCUGCGACUGCUGAGCUCCGAGGCAUCGUCCCCCUUGUUGACCCGGCUGUUGGUGGCUCAGAUGUUGAGAAUGCCAACUCUGCAACCUCGAAGCAGACGCCUUUUGACGCCACGGGCCUGUCUCAGGCUGAAGUCAUGAUUGCUCAGGGCUUUGGCAACUUCACCGCCGUUGGUGCCGAUGGACAGCAGGUCGCACUUGACGGACAGGACGGAGCUGGAGCCGGAGCCGGUGCUGGAGCCGGUGCAGGCGGUGCUGGUGCCGGUGCCGGUGACGGUGCUGCCGACGACGGCGCUGCCAAUGAUGGUGCCAAUGAUGGUGCCAAUGAUGGUGCUGCUGGUGGCGAUGACGCUGCCGCUGGUGACGACGCUGCUGCUGGUGAUGAUGCCGCUGCCGGUGACGGUGCUGCCGGUGGCGAUGCUGGAGGCGCUGCUGGAGACAACGAGGACUGCGACGACACUCCGGCUGGUGUUCUCCCCCCUAAUAACAACAGCACUGCCGGAGUCGGAGCUGGAGCUGGAGCUGGAGCCGACAAUGCCGCUCCCAGCAACGGUACCCUCCCAGACGGAGCUGGAAACAACGAUCAAGGCAAUGACGAUGGUCAGGAUGAUGCUGAUCAAGACGACGGCGCCGACGAUGCCAACGAUGCCGAAGAUGAUGAUACCGAGGAUGACAACGAUGACAAUGGUCGUCACCGAGGCUCUGGUCGUGGAGGAAGGCUACGACAGGCACUUGGUCGUCUUCGGGGAGCCAACCGGGGAGCCAACCGGGCCCAACGAGGGGGAAAUGACAACCAACAAAACGACGACAACGAUAACGGCAACGACAACGCUGCUGGCGAUGACGCUGCUGCUGGAGAUGAUGCCGCUGCCGGUGACGACGCCGCUGGAGAUGACGCUGCCGCCGGAGAUGAUGCCGCAGCUGGUGAUGACGCUGCUGCCGAUGACGAUGAUGCUGCCGGAGAUGAUGCUGCCGCCGGAGAUGAUGCCGCAGCUGGUGAUGACGCUGCCGCUGGAGACGAUGCUGCUGCCGGCGAUGCUGCCAAGGGAGGAAAUAACCAGAACGGAGGCGCCAACAAUGGAAACGCCAACAACGGAACCGAGGCGGACGGAGCCGCGUGCAACAACCAGGGCAAUAACCAGGGCAACAACGGCCAGGGCAACGGAGCUGAUAAUGCUGCUGGUGACGACGCCGCUGGUGGUGAUAAUGCCAACAACGGAGGCAACAACCAGGGCAAUGCUGGAGACGAUGCUGCCAACGGCGAUGAUCAGGGCAACCAAGAUGGCGCUGCCGGUGACGACCAGAACGGCCAGGAUGGCCAGGACGGAAACCAGGGCAAUGGUCAAGGAAAUGCCGGCAAUGCUGGUGAUAACCAGAACCAGGAUGGCAACAACCAAGGCGGUAACAACCAGGGCAACGCUGGUAACGCCGGCGAUGACCAGAACCAGGACGAUAACGCUGGAGGCGCCGAUCAGGGCCAGGGCGGCGCUGAUGAUGGUGCCGCUGGAGGAGCCAACGGUGAUCUCGACUUUGGUGUCUGCCAGCCCACAAUGGCACGAAUCGGCGGUCUCAAUGGCCGACCAGCCGACGAGUUCACCUUCAUCCCCCAGGAUCCUUUGGUGGCUGAGGGCCAGCAGGAGGCGCUGAACCCCAACAUCAUCACCAACCGCAUCUGCGAUCAGCUCACCAACGUCUGCAACGCCAACGAUGCUGCAAAGGCUGCUUGCGAGUCGGCCAAGGCCGAGAUCGAGGCUCUGGGCACUCGUGAUCAGAGCACAGCUGACACAUGGAACGCUCUUCUGGGCUUUGCCGGUGUCGACUCGACCCAGCAGGUUGUUUAA